CAAUUGCGGCGCACCCAUCGCACGUUUUGGUAGAGCCGACGUUGAGCAGUCGUCAGCGUCGACAGCAUUGGCCUCGCUUCUAUCGGCUUCAAGCAGCACCGCUCCGACGGUCCGACGCACACUUGCACAAUCAGCUCUUUUCCUCCUCCUCCUCCUUUCGGCCACUCUACACACGCACACUCGCUUCUGUGCCACCCUCCCAGACCGAGUACACACUCACACUCAGCCAAAGUAGUAACGCCAACGCCAACGGCAACGUAACGGCGACGGUGACGGCGACGGUGACGGCAACGGCGACGGCAACUACGGCGCCAACGUGCGCGUUGUCUUGUCAGGCCACGACUGAGCGACUGGCAGAAAAGUGUUGCCGAGAGACGGCUUCUACAGACGUGGUCUCGCACAGCCUCUGCGACUGGCUCUCGUCGAGUGGGGUCGUGGAGCGCCGGCAGCAAAGGCCUCGCGUCCAAGCCGCGACGGAAGCUGCGCGACAUGACGUUGAGACGAUGCCGCUUGGAGCUCGUGCGUUGGCUGCUUCGGAAGCUGACGAGAUCUUCUUCCCGAUCCGACGCGCAGCGACAACCUCCGUCCAUCCAGAACCGGAGGCAAGGCGGACCGGCUCGAAAGGGUACGUCGAAACGAGCCAAGCAAUGCAGGACACGAUUCUGGCUGCUUGCGCCCGGCUCAAACGAAAGGAAGAAAGCGGGGCUCAUGCAAGAGAACGUCUCGAUGCUUCUGAAAAGAUGCGCCGACUGCUGAACCCAGAAUACGCGUGCUCGGACAAAUCUAACUUGGAAAGUGGGCGCAGGUCAUGCCUGAAGGCGAUCCCUUCCAGCACUUUUCUGUUCAACCCGCGCUGGCGAAAGGUCUCGGUAUGUACCGUGUCGAUGGUCCGUGGCCGAAAAGUAGCAUGA